AUGGCAAAUGCAAGUGGAAGUAAUUGGCAAGAGGACGUUUACCAAAAGAUCAAUUCCAUGAAAGAUAUAUACUUACCAGCACUGCAUGAUAUCCACAAGAGAUUCACAACUAGAUUGCAGCAAGAGCAGUUUCUUCCGGAGCAACAAAGAAAAAUAACUAAUGAUGUGAAAUUGGGACCAUUCAUGACAAUGUUGGAGCGAAUGAUACAACUCCUAUCCGUUUCAAAGAGCAAUAUACAACCUGUUUUAAAGGAUAAGGUGGAUGGUUAUGAGAAGACGAUCGCAGAUUUGUUAAAUUGUCACAAGCAGAUCUUAGAGAAGAGAGGACAGAGCUCUCAGACAAAAUGA